CGCCGCCAGCAUGCUGCUGACCUACGCCGAGGUCACCGACAACUGGGAGAUGAUCCGCUUCGAUCGGCACCGUGUGGAUGCCAUCGUGGCCGAGAGGAACGGCACGCACAGACUGAAAUGGAUCAUUGACGGGCAGGUGGGAGUCGUUACAAUCGAGCAGUCGCAGCCCGAAAACCGCACCGUGUUCCUGGUACCAAUGAACGGCGGCAUUUGGACGCUCUGUGUAUCAUUAUCAGAGCGGCAGCAGCGGCAGCUAAGCGCCGCCGGCUUCCGUCACCCGACGUGCACCAACUACCUGUCACCGGAGCUGCUGUCGCGGGCCGAGCUCAGAAACGACUGGAUACAGCGCAUGCAGAACCUGAGCAUAUCGUGCGCCUUGGUCAGCCUGAUCCUGCUGGUGGCGUCGGCGCUGGUCGGCAUGUUCGGCGUGCUGCAGAAGCAGAACUCAGCCGUGCUCAUCACCGGCUUCAUGUACCUCAUGGCAGCAAUUUUCUCCAUCUUCAGCUUUUCCAUCAUUCACUUCAAGCGCAAGACAAAGCGCGACUGUGGCGUGCUCGACUCGCAGAUCACGCCCGAGUUUUACAACAGCCGAACCUUCCAGCCAGGGUGGUCGCUGCAGGUGGGCUGGACCGGCGUCACCGUGUGCCUGACGGCCAGCCUCUCCUGGAUCCUGCUGGCCCGCUUCAUGCGCUACACGCCCGGCUCGUCCCUGCUCAGCUACUGAUGGCAGGGACUCGGCCGGCCGCAUGGACGCCGUCCCUGUCCGCCUCCUGAGGCCUGACCCGGUAUCAGACGGUGGCGCAGAUCCCGUGCCUGCUCAGACGCUGAAACCUGACUUGACUCGGGGUCAGACGACGGACUUCCGCGCGGUGUCGGCUCGCCUCGGAACGACGCAGACGGUGAAGCCACCCCGCGCCGACUUCGACAGCGCUCUUCAGCCCGGACAUGGGGGCGAGAGCUUCAGGAACGCACACGCACAACCGGCGUGUUUCUGGAUCUCCCCGGGCAACAAGCCUGGGAAACCCACACUUGCCUUACGCUAGCCGCAGCCUAUCCCUUAGCGUCCCUAGAUCUCAGUAAAUCGUGUUACAACCCAGCAACCGCCGUUUGGCAGCCGUGCCGCGCUCCUUGGCCGGGAGUGAGACGAGCCGCGCUCCUUAUUCGGGGAUGAGGCGAGCCACGCUCUCUGGCCGGGAGUGAGGUGAGCCAUGUUCCUUGUCCGAGAGUAAGGUGAGCCACGAUCCUUGGCCAGAGGUGAGGUGAGCCACGCUCCUUGUCCGGGAGUGAGGUGAGC